CCCUGUGCCUGCAAGAGGGUAUUUCCAUUAUUCCCUAACGGGCGCUUGUUCAAUGCCUUCAUUCACGGCGCGAUCGACAUCGACUGAUCCCCCGAAAGACAACCGCACAGCUGUAGAGACGCAUGCCUCACACAGGUAAGCAGGUGGUCAUCCCUCCAGAACUUCCCGACAUCCUGAAGCAGUUCACCAAGGAUGCCAUCCGAACACAACCUGAAAACCUUCUGGAAUGGGCCACACUGUGAGCUGGAUGAGGUUACCCUUAGACAUGCACUGUGGCUCAAAUGGCAGGACACCAUGAAGGGAAUAGGGUAUUUCAGUGCUAUGGUCCAGGGACAGCCCUUACCGGUGAAAAAGACCGAAGACAAUGAGGUGACCCCCAACACUGUGGACCUCACACCUGAGAUACUAGCCACUAUGCACCAACAACUUCAUGGGAAAGACACGGUCACUAAGGAGGAGGUGAGACAGCUGUGGGCGUCGUUGGGAUUGGCUGACGACCUACUUAGUCAUAUCAUGAAAGUGGGCGGCUUCGAAGACAAUCUCGCCUGGGUCAAAUUCUUCGCGCUGGGCUGCAGCUACCUGGGAGGGACGAUCAAGAAUGCCCUGACCCAUGCGCUGUACAUCCUGAACUCAGACAGCGCAUGUAAGCCACCCGACGCCUGCAUCUCCUUCCAGGAUUUCCGGUUCCUUUAUAGCUACCUGGCUGCCGUGGAUAGAGAGGUGUCCCAGGCCCAAAUGGAGCAGGCCCUCGCCUACCUUGAGACACAGGCAAAUGCGAAAGGUGGGCUGGUGAAAGUGUCAGACUUUGUCAACAGUCGUAAAGUGCGUUUGGGAUAGGAGCACCGGCACUCUCCAGCACUCAACCCUCUCUCCCACAACCAACCAAUUCACAACCCUCCCGGUCUGUUGAGCAACACUCCCGAAUCUUCUAAUAAAGAUUGUGCCAUAGAAAAAAAUACAAUGGUGUUGCAUAUAGGUACCUCAUUGGUCAGAGCAUCAGGUCAGUAAACAAAAGGUUACCAUACCCCAUACCAUCUUCUUCCGCUUAUCCGGGGCCGGGU